AUGGAUGUCGAUGGUGCCGAGGGUCAGUUUGCAACUGCCCUGCGUCAGGUCGAGUUGAUGCACGACCUCCCUCAGCCUCGAAAUGAUGGGGCGGUCCAGGACUAUCCUUCACAAGAGUCCAUUGUUGCCAGAUACUCGGAUGCCGCUCGACUUGCAGCCACUCCCAAAGAAGGGCAAUUGACGUACCCCAACCGCUCUCUUGCCAACCUCAACCUCAACCGUCCGGAGCAGGCCCUUCUUGACGCGACCAGGACAGCCGAAAAGAUCCCGCCCACGGAAAUGGCACUAUUUCGUGAGAUACGAGCGCUCUACGCGCUGCGUUACUUUGACCGCUGCCUGGAGCGGCUAGAGAAGUUCACAGCACUGCAUCCCGCCAGUAAGGAUGCCAAGACGCAAAUGAGCCGCGUCCAACAAAGACUGAGGGAGCAGGCCGACGGCGUUUACUCAUUCACAAGCAUGCACGAGCAGGCCAACUAG